GACGAAAUUAAAGUAUUAAUAGAAGGUGGAUAUUGGCACCAUUCUGGUGCGAUUGAAAAAAUUUUAAAACAACAUCAUAAGAUGCAGCAUUGGACAGCAACAAUAAAUGCUGAUCCAAAAUUAAAGGCCUACAAUUGUGCCAGAAUAGGAAAAAAUAGUAAG